AUGGCUACCUUUAUAUUCUCUCUCCUUCUGCUGGCGGUUGCUAGAGGAGGAGCGUCUUACGGAGAGUUCUGGGGGCACGGAACUCUCGUGGCGAAGCCGAAGGUAGAUAUCGUAGAAACUGUUGUAACGGGUGGAGCUGGUGGAGGAACUGCGUGGAUUCGUUCACUCUCAGGUGAACUGCAGCUUUCAUACUGCAAGAAUAGCAGUCGCCUUGCUGCUGCGUCGAGAACCGGUGUUGCUGUUCCGGAGGACAUUCGUGAUUUCGGCCGACUUAACAUUUACCACUGGCUCAAGCCCACCCUGACACAGCAGCAGCUGCAGCAGCUUGAGGAACAGCAUCAGCAACAGCAGCAACAACAACAGCAGCAGCCGGGAGGCCUUCUCGGUGCCCUCAGUUACUUUUAUGACUUCGAUUUACAUUUGCAGCGUGUCGGUCAUGAGGCGUAUUACAGAGGUGCAGCAAUUGCAAUGGCAGAGGCGGAAGCAGAGGCAGCAGAAACGGCAAGGGAAGCGUUGACAACAGCAGAGGCUAAACCCGUGAACCGACCUGUACCCUUUAGUGUGCAGCACUCACUUCCAGUGAGCUUCCCAGAAGACUUGACGCUAGCCGCGCAGCAGCAGGAGCAACAACAGCCGCAGGCUGAGAGGCCGCACGAACAGGAAGAGGUAGAGGAGCCCCAGGGCGGUGGCUUGCUGCUGGAAGUUUGGCUGCCGGGUGUAGACGCAGCUGAUAUUAAAGUGCAGCUAGCCUGGAUAGGGAGGCAAAGGGAAGCAGAGACGGAUUCAGGUUUUGACCCGCCUCGAGCGUCCUCAUCUGUUUUAAGCGACUUGAGUCGUACGCACACCGUGAAUGCGUGGCACUGGCCAGAAGAGACCGUGUCUGCCGCUGAAGAGAGAAUUACAAACCGCCUACAGCCCCGCUACCCUCCUCCUUUGCUGCCUUCUCUUAUUAUCAAUGCACCGAAGAGCAGCCGCGUGCUUAAAUGGGAGGCAGAGACGUUCAAGACGAGGUUCAGACAGGGAAGAGGGCUGGAGUACCAAAGAUACCAACGAGCUGUUAGGCUCACGUGGCCUGCUGCUUGGGAACGAGCAGAAAGUCGAUUUGACUGCGGCCGCCUAUUAGUUGUUGUUCCUCCGCUGCCCACUGACGCUGACAAACCUGAUCUACUGCAGCACCAGGAACUCUCACCAAUCGUUGUUCCAGUACAGGAGCUAUCCGCGCCCCUGCCUCCUUACCCUGGCUUCUUCAUAACCAAUACACGCUUGGACUGGACAUUUAAUUUCUCGCGAUUUCCCCAUAUUUACGAUUUGUCCGAUGAUGCCUUUGCCAUCAAGCGGGAGCUCCAAGACACCGCAGACGGAAAUGUACAAGUGCGGGCAGAAAAAGUAGCAGCAAGCACCAUCAAACCCAAAGUACGAGUUGUCACAAAGAAAAACUGGAAAAUUGCGUGA